CGGGGCCUCACAGGCCAUCACGUCGAACGAAGUUCCCAGACCUUAGGACCAUACGUCCCUAGCAAUAUCACACCGGUGUCCCGCACAUAGACUACGCCACUAGGCGUCCGUGUUUGCGCAGAAUUCAUCUCCUCACGGUCGCCGCCGUCGCCGCAUGUUUAAGCGACCUUUUGAACUAGUUGAGCGUUUUUCUGAGCGUAUACAGAUGGGUUCGAGAAAGAAGAGCAAGCAUAAUCCAGAAGAGGAGAAUGAGCAGAAGACGGUCGCAGGAGAGAAUGCAGCCGCCGGCGCGUCACAGUCCAAAGAGUCGACAACGUCUACGGCUGGCGUACCCGAAGUCAACAAGAUUCCUGCAGAACCGACUUUAAAAAGUGUAGGAGCCUCCCACGUAUCGCAGAGCUCCCCACAACUUGUUGGGGGACAGUCCAAUGAGUCCGCUGUCCAGAAGCAUUUGGAGAACAGGGCUAGUUGGUAUGGUAGCUGGAAAGGAAAGGCCAAGCCAGUAGCAGCGGUGGCACGGGAUAGUAUACCAGCCAGCCCUGUAGGCGUAUCAUCUACCAGAACUUACGAGCAGACUUCGCAAGGCCAACUAUGCGAGCGGGGACUAAGUUCCACAGCUACGCAGUCGCCGCGACGAUACAUGUCGGGAAGCAUACGGUCGGCAAGCAAAGGGGAUAUACUGCCCGCAUCUACCUCAAAUCUCAGCGUGGUAUCGGACAGAACAAAGAAUGUUGUGGAGCAACAACGUACAGCAGUCAGCGAAGAAUCAGUUGAAGAAAUGGCGCUUGAAGCCCCACUUCCCCCAGAUCCCCCAAAGACCGAUGAACAGAGCAAAGAUCAGGCUUCUUCAAAGCAACAGCAAAGCGGGGUAAGUGGUUGGUUUGGUUGGUGGUCUAGACCCGAUGGAUAUGUGGAGGGGACAACGUUGGAGUCUGCGAAAGAACAAGAUGACAAGAUAUCAGCAGACGCGCAACAGAAGCCACUUCCGGAAUCACCUGCAGAGGAGCGAGUGCUGCCAAAGCUCGACCAAACGCACGAUAUGUCUACACAGGUUGGUGCAAUACCAAUGAGCGAGGAGCAGAGUCAAAAAAGUACGCAAAAAGUCAAUGCGGGAUCGCAACGAAGUUCCUGGUUUUGGUAUUGGAGUAAACAGCAGAAUUCUCCGAGCGAUGAGCGUCCUCCAGCAUCCAAUGGGCAGCCUUCAGAACGAAAACAAGGGGUGAAUCAAGAAUCCCUGAGCGACACUCCAAUGAGAGAUCCUUCGAGCCCCAAAGACAUUGAGGCUGCCACGCAAAGACCAGAUGCAAAUAUGGAGACCAAGCCGACGCAACCUCGGAAAUCGACAGGGUGGGCAUUUUGGUCUCGGGAAUCGGAUGCGAAAGAUGAAGGCAACAGUCACAAACAGGUUGGAGAAAUUGCCGUGGAAGGAACGCCCUCACAGUCGAAUCCUGAAGCUGCUCAGUUUAACGAAACAGAAGAACAACAAGAGCAGACUUUAAAGAGUGCUGCGAAAGGGAGACCGCUGCGCAGUCGGGGACGGGAAUAUGUAAAAGACUCGCCAAAGCAGUCGAACACUCCAUCCAAAAUAACACCUUCCGCAAGUCCAGAACGAAAACUUGAAGAGCGCAAACUCAUUGCACUGUCGGGGAAGAGUGCAAAGGAACAGCCAAAGCAGGCAAAAGAGGUUGGAAAGGAGGAUAAAAAUAUCCUGCUUCCAGACUUUUACAGUACAUAUUCGCUCAUUCAGCAGCCUUCAAUCUGGGCACAGAUUCGACGGCUAUUCGUGUCAGAUUCCAAUAGCUUCCCGGGUCCCCAUUUGCACCUAACGCCAAAUCCUCCCCGUAUCAAGAAAGCAUUAGCCAUCGGUGUGCACGGAUUUUUCCCCAGCCCGAUAUAUCAGAAGAUACUGGGUCAGCCGACUGGUACCUCGAUACGCUUCUCGAACUGCGCGGCACAAGCAAUCAAGUCAUGGACGGAGAAAAGAGGCUACGAGUGCGAAAUAGAGAAAGUUGCGCUAGAGGGCGAAGGCCUAAUAUCGGAACGCGUUGACACGCUUUGGAAGCUUCUUCUCAAUUGGAUCGACCACAUUCGGCGGGCAGACUUCAUACUUGUUGCCUGCCACUCGCAGGGAGUGCCUGUUGCUGUGAUGCUUGUGGCGAAAUUGAUUGCUUUUGGAUGUGUGAGCAACGCUAAGAUUGGUAUCUGCGCUAUGGCUGGUAUCAGCUUAGGUCCUUUUGCUGAAUAUAAGACACGGAUGUUCGGCGGUACUGCACUGGAACUUUUUGAUUUUGCGGAUCCUAAGAGCAAAGUCAGUGAGAUGUACAGAAGUGCUGUGGAAGAAGUUCUUAAAGCUGGUGUACGAAUCGUUUACGUUGGUAGUAUAGACGAUCAGCUUGUCAGUCUCGAAUCAUCAACUUUCGCCCCUUUGUCUCAUCCAAAUAUUUAUCGUGCAGUCUUCAUAGACGGCCGCCUUCACACAUCCGACUUUCUGACUCAACUCAUUGGUUUUACUUUGAAGCUCCGCAACUUAGGCCUUCCAGAUCACGGUCUCAUCCGCGAACUAUCCCCUGCUCUUGCCGGAUCACUCUAUUCGGGAGAAGGUCACUCUACUCUACACAACUACAUGCCGAUCUAUGACCUAGCUGUGCAACACGCCCUUGAGACCACUCUUGCCGAUCAUUCUACAGCUCCAGGGGCUGAUCAGGUGAUUUGGGGCACUUUACAAGGCCCUUCAAGUGUGAAAGACUCGAAUCCCUACUUCCUACCGUGGGCGAUGAGAGGGGUUUUGGAGGAAAGGGCUGUAAGGGAAACAAUGGGAAAAGAAGUGGAGGAGCUGUUGAGGCUUUUUGAGGAGUGGAAACCAGCAAGCAAAGGCUUGAAGGAUAUUAAGUUUCGCCUCGAAGCUGUGAGGAGUAAGUUGUGAUACUGCCGUCAUUGUAGAACAGAAGACCUUGUACCAAAGAUUUCAUCGAAAGCAAGACACGGGACGGAAUGCAAUUGGGAUGUCUAUCAUGUUUUAUUAUUCGACUAGUUGAUUUAGGGGAUCUUUCUGUGUUCUUUAAGAGAAAGGUCAACGAGAAACAGGACAUUCAAUAACCAUUCUUGAUCAUAUCAACGUGUUGUAUACACUAUUGUUCUUGAUUAG